ACAAAAGGAGUAUUUGAGCUUCUGUCUGGAUGGCGGAGAACCAAAGAGAAUUUGCCCUUCAAAGACAGGGUAGCAGAUGCCUAUUCGGAUGUGAUGGUGACCUAUACCAUGACAAGCUCCCUGUACUUUAUUACCUUUGGCAUGGGUGCCAGCCCGUUCACCAACAUAGAGGCUGUGAAGGUCUUCUGUCAGAACAUGUGUGUCUCCAUCCUGUUGAACUACUUCUACAUUUUCUCCUUCUUUGGCUCCUGUCUGGUCUUCGCUGGCCAACUAGAGCAAAACCGCUACCACAGCAUCUUUUGCUGUAAGAUCCCUUCUGCAGAAUACCUGGACCGCAAGCCUGUGUGGUUCCAGACAGUGAUGAGUGAUGGGCAUCAACAGACAUCCCAUCAUGAGACGAACCCCUACCAGCACCACUUUAUUCAGCACUUCCUCCGUGAACAUUACAAUGAAUGGAUUACCAAUAUCUACGUGAAGCCAUUUGUUGUCAUCCUCUAUCUCAUCUAUGCCUCCUUCUCCUUCAUGGGGUGCUUGCAGAUCAGUGACGGAGCCAACAUCAUCAAUCUACUAGCCAGUGAUUCCCCAAGCGUCUCUUAUGCCAUGGUUCAGCAGAAAUAUUUCAGCAACUACAGCCCCGUGAUAGGAUUCUAUGUCUACGAGCCCCUCGAGUACUGGAACAGCAGUGUCCAGGAGGACCUCCGGAGACUCUGCAGUGGAUUCACUGCAGUGUCCUGGGUGGAGCAGUAUUACCAGUUCCUGAAAGUGAGCAACAUCAGUGCCAAUAACAAGAGUGACUUUAUCAGUGUCCUACAAAGUUCAUUUUUAAAAAAGCCAGAAUUCCAGCAUUUUCGAAACGAUAUCAUCUUCUCCAAGGCAGGAGAUGAAAACAACAUCAUUGCUUCUCGCUUGUAUCUGGUGGCCAGGACAAGCAGAGACAAGCAGAAGGAAGUCACAGAAGUGCUGGAAAAGUUGAGGCCCCUGUCGCUGUCAAAGAGCAUCCGUUUCAUCGUGUUCAACCCCUCCUUUGUGUUCAUGGACCAUUACAGCUUAUCUGUCACAGUGCCUGUUCUGAUUGCAGGCUUUGGUGUUCUCCUGGUGUUAAUCCUGACUUUUUUCCUAGUGAUCCACCCUCUGGGAAACUUCUGGCUAAUUCUUAGCGUCACCUCAAUCGAGCUGGGCGUUCUGGGUUUAAUGACAUUAUGGAACAUCGACAUGGAUUGCAUUUCUAUCUUGUGCCUUAUCUACACUUUAAAUUUCGCCAUUGACCACUGUGCACCACUGCUUUAUACGUUUGUAUUAGCAACUGAGCACACCCGAACACAAUGUAUAAAAAGCUCCCUGCAAGAGCAUGGGACAGCCAUUUUGCAAAAUGUUACUUCUUUUCUUAUUGGGUUGGUCCCCCUCCUAUUUGUGCCUUCGAACCUGACCUUCACACUGUUCAAAUGCUUGCUGCUCACGGGGGGUUGCACACUUCUGCACUGUUUUGUUAUCUUACCUGUGUUCCUAACCUUUUUCCCCCCUUCCAAAAAGCACCACAAGAAAAAGAAACGCGCCAAACGGAAGGAGAGAGAGGAAAUCGAAUGCAUAGAAAUUCAAGAGAACCCUGAUCACGUCACCACAGUCUGAAGGGUGUAGACUAAUGGAUUAUUUUUCUUUUCCAGUAUUGCACAACGAUGCAGGGCAGGCAAAGCUCAGACCUCAGCUGCUUGGGCUGGCCAGGGGUAACAAGGCAAGUCAGAUCAAGAGUGAAUUAUUCAUGACACAUCAAGGUGUCCACUUCUUGGGGGGAAGAAGGACUCAAAGAAGGGGAAAAAGUUCUUUGCAACCUUGUUCUGCACUAAAGAUAAGUUUCUGGAUGUGACCUUAGAGCUCUUCCAAGGAAUGGACGAAUCAAUGGAGUGUUAGAAGGCCAAAGGAGCCAACUGCUUUUAAAACUAAAAUGCUUCGGAGAGAUGGAGUAGAGAAGAUGGGGGCCUCCAAAUAGCGGAAAAGACAUAGGAAAUGUCAAAAUUGCCAUGACAGUUUUCAUAUUUGUUUUUUGAACAGGUUGGUCAAAGGAAACCUAUGCACUUGGGAAGUACAUAUUUAAUCCCAUCUAAGCCAAAGCACUUCCCAAUUCAUUUUAAGUGUGCGUAUAUAUGUGUAUGUGCCAUAUAUACAUAUACUUAGAUUUGUCUUUAGUGUACAUUGACAUCUGUGCGGAGGGAGGUGCCCAUUUGCAGACCGGCUGGCCUUUCUCUAGGAAGUCAAACCAGCCUUAGCCAAAUGUAGGCGCACUAAUGGCCAUUCAAAAUCGAUUCAAGUGUUGCAGCAAGAGUACUGUUCAUCUGUGCAAUAAGCAACAUAAACAGAGAUGUGAGCCCAUUAGACUCACGUAUCAUGUUGUCAGUGUUUGAGAUUCUUGCUUUGGAUGACUGAGCAAAAAACGCAAAAGGCAUUUGAAUUAAUUACCACGUGGCAAGGUUUAAAAUCUCAUGUUAGCGCUAAAUAGUUACUGUGGCUUUUCAUUGGCUUUUAAUGAUUCUCUGUAUUUGGGAGGACUGAUUUAGCUGCUUUUAGGGAGCUCACCCACUGCAAAUGAGCACUUUACAUGCAUUGUUCAUACAAAUGUGUGUAAAGUUGCACAAGUGUGUGUGUGUGUGUGAGAGAGAGAGAGAGAGAGUUGAGGUAUUCCGUAGUUACAGUAUUCUUAUUUUAGAUGUUGAAAAUAUACUACCGUGGAAUAUAGAUAAUCAACAUAGGAGAAAGUGGGCAUAACUAGGAAACUUGUUAUAGAAGGAAAUAGAGUACACGGAGCAUCACCACUCGUCAUGUGUUACCAGCUGGUUCUUAGUGUAAAGAAAAUACUCUAAACCUAUCAAGUCUAGUGUGUUCCUUGCAUUAAUAUUUGGAACAUUAACCCAGGCCACAAUCACUAUAGUGGUGGUCGCUAUAACUACUGCAAUACUGUUUUGUAGCUUCUUGCAAUAUCAUUGUUCUCGUUACCUGAAAAGUGCUUGUCAGUUGGCAGGCCUCCUAGGGUGAUCGUCGCUCUCCACAGGUGACAGAUCAACUGUAACUGCUGCUGAAUUCUCUCUCAGAAACAGUACUAAGGGAAAUGUUUUCAUUGUAUUAAAAUUUACAACUGCUCCCCAGCAGAUAGACUCAGUCUGUUGGGUGCUUCCUUGGAUCAAUGGUGUGCU